AACUUUUUUCUCUUUCUCAGCUGGAGAGAUUUACCAGCAUGAGAAUUAAGAAGGAGAAGGAAAAGCCCAAUUCUUCUCAUAGAAAUUCAUCAUACGGGGAUGAUCCCUCAGGACAGUCAUUGCAAGAUAUUUCAGAUGAGCAAGUUUUAAUACUUUUUGAACAGAUGCUGGUGGACAUGAACCUGAAUGAGGAGAAACAGCAACCUUUGAGAGAAAAGGACAUUAUUAUCAAGAGGGAGAUGGUGUCCCAAUACUUGCACACCUCCAAGGCUGGCAUGAGCCAAAAGGAGAGCUCUCGGUCUCCCAUGAUGUACAUUCAGGAGUUGAGGUCAGGCUUGCGGGAUAUGUCUCUGCUCAGCUGCCUGGAGUCCCUUCGUGUCUCCCUCAACAACAACCCUGUCAGCUGGGUGCAAACAUUUGGUGCUGAGGGCCUGGCCUCCUUGCUGGACAUCCUUAAACGACUCCAUGAUGAGAAAGAGGAGACUGCUGGGAGCUAUGAUAGCCGUAACAAGCAUGAGAUCAUUCGCUGCUUGAAAGCUUUUAUGAACAACAAGUUUGGAAUCAAGACCAUGUUAGAGACAGAAGAAGGAAUCCUGCUGCUGGUCAGAGCCAUGGAUCCUGCUGUUCCCAACAUGAUGAUUGAUGCAGCUAAGCUGCUUUCUGCUCUUUGUAUCCUACCACAGCCAGAGGACAUGAAUGAAAGGGUUUUGGAAGCCAUGACAGAAAGAGCUGAGAUGGAUGAGGUGGAACGUUUCCAGCCACUGCUGGAUGGACUAAAAAGUGAGACCUCCAUUGCACUCAAGGUGGGAUGCCUACAGCUAAUCAAUGCUCUCAUCACACCAGCUGAAGAACUUGACUUCCGAAUUCACAUCCGAAGUGAACUGAUGCGCUUGGGGCUGCAUCAAGUGUUGAAGGAUCUUCGGAAGAUCGAAAAUGAUGAUAUGAGAGUGCAGCUAGCUGUGUUUGAGGAGCAAGGGGAUGAAGAUUCCUUUGACCUGAAGGGACGGCUGGAUGACAUUCGAAUGGAGAUGGAUGAUUUCAGUGAAGUCUUCCAAUUUCUCUUAAACACGGUGAAGGACUCAAAGGCAGAGGCACACUUCCUGUCCAUUCUGCAGCACCUACUCUUAGUCCGAAAUGACUACGAGGCCAGACCGCAGUAUUAUAGGUUGAUUGAAGAAUGUAUUUCUCAGAUAGUUUUGCACAAGAAUGGGGCUGAUCCUGACUUCAAGUGCCGGCACCUCCAGAUUGAUAUUGAGGGAUUGAUUGAUCAAAUGAUUGAUAAAACAAAGGUAGAGAAAUCUGAAGCCAAAGCUACAGAGCUGGAAAAAAAGCUGGAUGUAGAGUUAACAGCCCGACAUGAGCUACAGGUGGAAAUGAAAAAGAUGGAAAGUGACUUCGAGCAGAAGCUCCAGGAUCUUCAGGGAGAAAAGGAUGCAUUGGGUUCUGAAAAGCAACAGAUUGCCACCGAGAAACAGGACCUGGAAGCAGAGGUGUCUCAGCUCACAGGACAGGUUGCCAAGCUGUCCAAGGAAUUGGAAGAUGCCAAGAAAGAAAUGGCUUCUCUCUCUGCUGCAGUUACUGCUGUAGCUCCUCCCAGCAGUGCUACUGUUCCCCCUGCCCCUCCUCUGCCUGGUGACUCUGGCACUGCUAUUCCACCCCCACCUCCUCUUCCUGGGGGUGGCACCAUUCCUCCUCCACCACCUCCCCCUCCUCUCCCUGGUGACUGUUUCACUGCUAUUCCACCCCCACCUCCUCUUCCUGGGGGUGGCACCAUUCCUCCUCCACCACCUCCCCCUCCUUUGCCUGGGGGUGCUGCCAUCCCCCCACCCCCUCCUCCCUUACCUGGUGGACCAGGAAUGCUGCCUCCUCCUCCUCCCCCUCUUCCUGGUGGUACUGGAAUCCCCCCACCUCCUCCAUUUCCUGGAGGCCCUGGCAUUCCUCCACCUCCACCAGGAAUGGGUAUGCCUCCACCUCCCCCUUUUGGAUUUGGAGUUCCUGCAGCCCCAGUUCUGCCAUAUGGACUAACCCCAAAGAAGCUUUAUAAGCCAGAGGUACAGCUCCGGAGGCCAAACUGGUCCAAGUUUGUCGCUGAGGACCUUUCCCAGAACUGCUUCUGGACAAAGGUGAAGGAGGACCGCUUUGAGAACAAUGAACUUUUCGCCAAACUUACCAGUGCCUUCUCUGCGCAGACCAAGACAUCAAAAGCCAAGAAAGAUCAGGAAGGUGGAGAAGAAAAGAAAUCUGUGCAAAAGAAAAAAGUAAAAGAGUUAAAGGUGUUGGAUUCAAAAACGGCCCAGAAUCUCUCUAUCUUUCUGGGUUCCUUCCGCAUGCCCUAUCAAGAGAUUAAGAAUGUCAUCCUGGAGGUGAAUGAAGCUGUUCUGACUGAGUCUAUGAUCCAGAACCUUAUUAAGCAGAUGCCAGAGCCAGAGCAGUUGAAAAUGCUUUCCGAACUGAAGGACGAAUAUGAUGAUCUGGCAGAGUCGGAGCAGUUUGGCGUGGUGAUGGGCACUGUGCCCCGCCUGCGUCCUCGCCUCAAUGCCAUCCUCUUCAAGCUAUUGUUCAGUGAGCAAGUGGAGAACAUCAAGCCAGAGAUUGUUUCCGUGACUGCCGCAUGCGAGGAGUUGCGGAAGAGUGAGAGCUUCUCUAACCUCCUGGAGAUUACCCUGCUUGUCGGCAACUUUAUGAAUGCUGGUUCCAGGAAUGCUGGGGCUUUCGGCUUCAACAUCAGCUUCCUCUGUAAGCUUCGAGACACCAAGUCCACAGAUCAGAAGAUGACAUUGUUGCAUUUCUUGGCUGAGUUAUGUGAGAAUGACUAUCCUGAUGUCCUCAAGUUUCCAGAUGAGCUUGCCCACGUGGAGAAAGCCAGCCGAGUUUCUGCUGAAAACUUGCAAAAGAAUCUAGAUCAGAUGAAGAAACAAAUUUCUGAUGUGGAACGUGAUGUUCAAAAUUUCCCAGCUGCCACAGAUGAGAAAGACAAGUUUGUUGAAAAAAUGACUAGCUUUGUGAAGGAUGCGCAGGAACAGUAUAACAAGCUGCGGAUGAUGCAUUCUAACAUGGAGAGCCUCUAUAAGGAGCUGGGCGACUACUUCCUCUUUGACCCCAAGAAGGUGUCUGUGGAAGAAUUCUUCAUGGAUCUCCACAACUUUAAGAAUAUGUUUGUGCAAGCCGUCAAAGAGAACCAGAAGCGACGGGAGACAGAGGAAAAGAUGCGGCGAGCAAAACUAGCCAAGGAGAAGGCAGAGAAGGAGCGGCUGGAGAAGCAGCAGAAGAGAGAGCAACUCAUAGACAUGAAUGCAGAAGGUGAUGAAACAGGUGUGAUGGAUAGUCUCCUGGAAGCCCUGCAGUCAGGUGCAGCAUUCCGACGGAAGAGAGGACCCCGGCAGGCCAACAGGAAAGCCGGGUGUGCAGUCACAUCUCUGCUGGCCUCGGAGCUGACCAAGGACGAUGCCAUGACUGCUGUUGCUGCCAAGGUGCCCAAGAUCAGUGAUGGGGUCCCCACAAUCCUUGAGGAAACCAAGGAGUUGGUUGGCCGUGCAAGCUAAUCUGGGUCCUGUGGCCGAAGCUCCUCAGUGGAGCCCCAGUCUGUCCUGCCUGCAGCCUGUGCCUAAAGGGUCAUGGAGAUCUCCCUGUGGGUGGCCGUUCCCAUCACCCCGACCCUGUCUUUCUCUCUGGCCUGCUGCUCUCUGUCUGUCACACAGCUUCAGCUGCCUGGGGCCAGCAGGAGAGGGCGGUAGGGGGAGGCCUGAGCCCAACCCAGCCAGCGCUGGCUGUUGCAUUACCAAAGCAGGCUCUGUGUUCGCUGCCUUAACCCCAAGUGUCUCCUCUCUGUUACUCUGAGGCCUCUCUCAGACAGAGUCCCACCUGCUUUCUCAGCCCCUGGCUUUCCAGUGGGCUUCCCAUAGGUCAAUCUUGCUGGGUUUGUGCUUUUCUUUUGUGGUUUCUCUGGCCCUGAGAACAGCAUGGGGCUUGUGAACCUUUGGGCUAUAUCCCACCUUUCAUUGUGGUUCCCUCUGCUCUGCUCUUUCUUCUCCUGGCUGUUAUUUAUUACUAGUGGUAUGGCAUUGGGAGCUACUUCUAAGGAAGUGGUGAGAAAUCCCACUCUUAAGCCACCUUCCUGAGAAAGGCCUCCCAAAACAAAAAAGGACCUGGACCACCUUUAUGUGUUCCACUGGGGCUUAGGCCAGAGCCUGUGCGCAGGCCAGGCAUAGAGACAUUGUGGGACCUGCCCCAGCCUGCUGCCAUGCUUUGUGCCCUUGCCUCUCUGGACCCUCUACACCACCCCCAGGCUCCUGAGCCAUGGUCCCCCCUGCCCUCCCCAGAGCUUUGGUGCAUCUCAUCUGGAGUAUUGUGACCAUCCCAACACCUCAUGCUCUGUCUCCAAGGAAAUGGGAGGUGGAGCCUCCUGGCUGAGAAAUUGUUUUGCAAAUGGAUCUAUUUUUGUAUGAGAUUUUUUUUUUUUAAAGAAAAAUAACUCUUCCUUCCCCCUUUCUCCAUAAUGUAAGAGGCUUUGAUGGCAGGUUCCAGAGUCCUUGGGAUUACUCCCCACAGGCCUCAACCGGGCCCCUGGACCUCCACCUCAGCUCUCAAGCUCUGGGCCCUUGAUGCCAGUGCGAAUUCUCUCUCCCAGCACCCGGUUCUGGUGGAGGAGGAAGCUCUUCUCUGAGCUGAGCCAGGUCUAAGAGUAGUGGGAGCUCUGAGACCAGAGUUUUUAUAAAUUUAAUAUAUUUAUCAAGCCAAAUGUGCAGAUGCUAACUGGACACUCUGGGGAAGUGGGCACAGGAGUGCCCCCACACUUUGUACUCCUGCUCCCUUCUGAACAGUGGGCAGGCCAAACUGUUCAGUGGCCCCAGCCACCGGAAGCUCAGACGGGCUCAAGGUGACACUUGUGCCACCCUGUGCUCCUUUCAUCGUCCCACCUGGGUAGGGAGAGAAUAGCACUGUUAGGCUUGGCCCAGAUACGGUUGUUAGUGCAGGGGGGCAGGGGGAGACUAGGGACUUGCACUGAGGCCUGGAGGCCAGGAGGAAGGCUCUGGUUGCUAGAGCCUGUGUGAAGGGCCAACAGCAGUUCUUUGGAGCUAUUCCCGGAAAGAUUGGUACGAGGGCCUGCCGCUCCCUAGGUCUCCUUCCUCUCCCUGCUGACAUCUGGGGCUUUGACCCUUUCUUUUUUAAUCUACUUUUGCUAAGAUGCAUUUAAUAAAAAAUAAAUAUUUAAAAAAGAGACAAAAUGCAGACCUAUUUCCCUUGCCUCUCGGGCUUCUGGGAUGUCAUCACCUCCAGUUUGUUGGGUUUGUUUCCAACUGUUAAUAAAGCAUUGAAACAGUA